CAUCGAACUGUGCGUGUUGCAUACUGGCAGGCGUUUUAAAGGUGUGCUUCCCGGUUUGUCCACCAGCGACCAAACUGUCAUCGCCAUACUCUUUCCGGUUUUUGACUUGCGGCUGAUCAGUUCUGUUUUUCUGAAAACCAACAACCACCAGCAAUGGCCAAGUCCAAGAAUCACACCAAUCACAACCAGAACCAGAAGGCCCAUAAGAACGGCAUCAAGAAGCCCAAGCGCCAGCGCAACGAGUCGACCCGCGGAAUGUGCCAAAAGUUCCUGCACAACCUGCGCUUCUCGAAGAAGGGCAACCUGAGCCGCGAGGAGUCCCUCCAGCGGGCCGAGGAACGCAAGGCAAAGUUCGCCGGACAGCCAGCUCCGGUCAGGCUGUAGGAUGGGCAUGGUGACAAUUGAAGAUGCGCUUUUGUGGGAGGUGUGUGUUUGGGCAAACGUUUUGUACACAAGUGCGAUUGCGAGCUUCGUGGAGAAAUAAAGGUUUUUGGAAGGAGUUCCAAUGAAAUCCCCUGAGGGAUUGUUGGCUCCGGACAAAACUUAUGAAACGCUA